AAGACGGGAGGGAGGGAGGGAGGAAGGGAAGUGUAAUUACUGUGUUAGAGAGAGGAUAAGAAGAGAGACAGGGAGCAAGAGCCAGAGAGAGAGUCCAGCUCACUUCAGCAAAACCAUUCAACUCCUGCACAGUGAGCAGUCCCAGACCUCUUACGAGUGCACUGUUUCCCUGGGGCACAUCCAGAAGCCGACUGCCCAUCCCAUACAAACUUCCCAAGGACCUGGAGAGGGAGAAAUCCACUGACAGAACUAUCCCUGCUUUCCGAACAGCAUCUCUUCUCACAACUUACCAGCAAGGAUUACACUUUCCUUCACUUUUUUCCCUCUAGUAGUUUAGUUCUUACUUUUUUGUUCCUCUCAAAUUUUUGUCAGAUUGAGGUCAUCCACAGGCAAACAGACUUUACUGCCAGCUGUCGGCGACGGGACUGAUUCUUGUCUUUCUUUGAAAGGAACUUUUAAAGUAAGUUUUUUUUUUUUCAUUUUCCAACACCCUCCAGCUCUCUUCAGCAACUGACGCUUUUCAUUUAAGGAUGUCCCCUCUCCCUAUUCUGAGCGGGAUCUUCCUGCUGCUCAUCCAGACCUGCUCCCUCAGUGCCAUGGUCACCAAAGGGAGCCUGGCAACGUCCGAACAGGCAGCCACGGACUGUCCCUCAUGUGCUCUGGCACGGCUUCGAAAAGGUGAGGAUGAGGAUAAGGGAGCACAGCAAGACGUGGUCGAGGCGGUGAAGACACACAUACUUAACAUGCUGCACCUGCAAGAGCGCCCCAACAUUACGCACCCGGUGCCUCGAGCUGCUCUCCUCAAUGCCAUUCGCAAGGUACACGUGGGACGGGUGGCCAAGGACGGCAGUGUCCUGAUUGAGGACGAGGCCAGCAGCCGCCAGGACACCGAACAGGCAGAACAGACGGAGAUCAUCACGUUUGCUGAAGCUGGUGAAGCUCCAGGCUUAGUGAACUUUCUCAUCUCCAAGGAAGGCGGUGAGAUGUCCCACGUGGAGCAAGCCAACGUCUGGCUCUUUCUUCGACUGCCAAAGGGCAACCGCACCCGUUCUAAUGUCACCAUCCGGCUGCUCCUGCAGCAAAGUACAGAGGAGAAGGUUCUGGCAGAGAAAUCCGUGGACACGCGGCGCAGUGGCUGGCAUACAUUUCCCAUUUCAGCAAGUGUGCAGGAAUUGUUGCAGCAUGGGGGCAGCACACUGCGUCUGCGCGUCUCCUGCCCGCUGUGUGCCGAUGCCCGGGCCACACCGGUGCUUGUGACUCCUGGCGGCGGCGAACGUGAGCAAUCCCACCGGCCGUUCCUCAUGGCUGUGGUGCGACAGAUGGACGAUCUGUCCCAAAGGAGACGUCGCAAAAGAGGCCUGGAAUGCGACGGCAAGGUACGAGUCUGCUGCAAACGCCAAUUUUACGUAAACUUCAAGGACAUUGGCUGGAAUGACUGGAUCAUCGCUCCCUCUGGGUAUCAUGCCAACUACUGCGAGGGCGACUGUCCCAGCCACGUGGCCAGCAUCACCGGCAACUCACUGUCCUUCCACUCCACAGUCAUCAACCACUACCGCAUGCGAGGGUACAGUCCCUUCACCAACAUCAAGUCUUGUUGCGUGCCGACUCGUCUGCGAGCCAUGUCUAUGCUCUACUACAAUGAGGAGCAGAAAAUCGUCAAAAAGGACAUCCAGAACAUGAUUGUAGAAGAAUGCGGCUGCUCGUAAGGCCACUAUGGGAAGAGGAAGGGUAGGAAGGGAGAGACAAGGUUGGAUGGUAGGGGCAAGAACUGCAGUCCCAAAAUGAAUGAAAAAGAAGAGAUGCAGAGAAAGGAGAGGAGAGCUCCUCUAUCUUUAUCUCACUGCCUCAAGACAAACUCUCACGUAGACAGGCCUCUCUUUCUCUCGACCACUUGUGCGUGGUCAUCUUAGAAUCCAAUGGGUAUCUGUAACUCAGAGUAAUCUCUGUGGCACUUUCAAAAGAGAAAAGAAAUAUAAUAUAUUUUUGUUACAAAGCAAAGGGAGCAAGGUCAGAGAGUAUUUAUGCGGCCUACUUUGCAGUGCAGACAUGCACUGCAGGAAGAGAGAUGAUGAGGUGCCUGAAAAAGAAGAUCUCUAAACUAUGCAACUUGUCAAGUAUUAUGAUAUAUUUUUUUUUCAUCAAGGUGUUGUUUUGUUUCUUAAUUAUUUACUUCUACAAACUAAGAAAAAGUUAACGUUUGUUGACUUUUUAUACCUUGUACGUAUGUUUUAUGUAUGUUAUAUGUUUGUUGUGCGUGUCCAUGUACAAAAAGCGUGUGUAUAUACAGUGUGCCUACGGGAGUAUCCGUAUACGUUUGUGUGCAUGUCUGUUCGUGUGUGUUGUUGAGAGAUACUUGAAAGAAGUUUGACGGGCUGCUGGAACCAAACAUUUCUCUAUAUUAUUAUUCUAAUUAUUCUGACUAUUGUUAAUAAUGUUAUUAUUUUUUUUUAUUUCUGUACAUUUUUUAUCUUAAAAAUGAGACGUUAAAACGUUUACAGUUUUGCACUAUAUCAACAUUUCGAUCAGCAUAGCCACAUAUAUAAAUAUGUUUAUAGAGAAAGACUAGCAGCACUUCAGAACAGAAGUACCUACAUAGCAUGAGUCUAACAAAUGAGAUUGUUAAAAAUAAACAGGGAUGUUUGAUGGGAAGGCAGAGAUGACUAAUACUACAUCAGAGGACCAUGUAUUCACAUGCAUUUUACAAAAUAGUCUUUUGGUUUUUUACUCAACACCAAAGAAUUUAGGUUAGCUUUGCCUACCAUAUUAGGCUGUCUCUGAACAGUUGUUCAGAAGAUACCAAUAUGUCUUUGUUCUCCCAACAAAUAUGUCCAGGUUAGCAAACCGAAAGACCUUUAAAACCUUUUCUCAAUGUCCCAGAGCGGCUCACUCCUGUGUGUGCUUUUGCACUGCUGCACAGUCCAUGCACGACUGGCCAACUUAAUGGUUAAAACAGCACUUAAACCAACCUUUUAAAGUUUGUUUUUAAUUAUGAAUUGUUACAAAAGUGAAUGUGCAUCAUUGAUAUUUAAUGACUUAAUUGGGAGAUGAAUAACUAUUUAGAUAUUUGCAACUUUUCUCACCAAAUAUAAAAAAGGAUCUACAGUGAUCCAAACAAACAAACAAAAAACUAAAAAACAAACAAACAAACAAACAAAAAAUGCUUUUGUUUUGCAAAUGUUAAUAUUUCUGCUUCCCAACAUGAAAUGUUUUACCACUGUGCAAUGUUAAAAAAUAAAAUAAAAAAUGAAGCAUUUUGGGAAAAGAAAAGAAAAGAAAAGAAAAGAAAAGAAAAGAAAAGAAAAGAAAAGAAAAGAAAAGAAAAGAAAAGAAAAGAAAAGAAAAGAAAAGAAAAGAAAAGAAAAUUGAACUUAAAGAACUUUUGUCACAUUUUGGACUAAGAAACGUUUACUAUUUUCAGUACUUUCCUGAUGGAAAUGCAUUCAAAAUGUCAUAAAAACACUAUUAAAAUGGAAAAGAAAAAUACAAAUUCAGAAAAAAAAUCUAUAAAAAGAAAGAUGUUUUUGUUUGUUUUUUGUUUGUUCAUUGUUAUUAAAAAUAAUUGACACUGAAAUAAGUGGACUAAGAAUAAAAAAAAUAUAUUUUUAUUCUGUAUAUAUGGAAAUCAAGAUACCAAUAUGUUGCAUUGUUUUGUUGUACAAAUCAAAAAUGUGCUUGUGGCAAUUGUUUUUUUAAUCUAAUUUAUUAUACAGUAUUUUGUCCUUUGCUUCACCAUUAAAGUUAAAAUGUUGUACACUACAACAUGAGAAAA